AAACAUUAACGAAACGGUGGAGAGUGCGCAAUCUGCAGUGAAGUUUAAGAAGUAAGGUUGACAUUACGAGUUUUGAGUAGUAGUAUGAAUUUGUUGUGAUUGUUAAGAAGACUGAUACCGGUGAAAUAUUUCGAAAUGGAGGCCGUGCCACGCCUGCCGAUGAUGAGUUUUGACCUAAAAUCAAGCCCAGAACCUACUUCAUUUGGUCCUAAACUGAAACAGUACAUCAGAGAUUUCUAUCAUGAAGAUCCAGAAUCAUACUCCGGUGAAAUACACACAUUGGAAGGGCUAAGAGCUGCAGCUGUGUGUGCUGUCAAGGAUGUCUCUGGUGUUUCAACACUAAAACGAUAUUACUGUCAGCUUCAUUUCUUGCAGAGUAGAUUCCCUAUGUCCAAAGAUGGUGCAGCAGCAGUCUCUUUCACAUGGAGAGAUACAUAUGCAAGUAUGGUUUGCACUUCAACUGAUAUUCGAUUUGAAAUGGUGUGCAUCCUCUACAAUAUAGGAGCAUUGCACACACAAUUAGGCGCCUUGGAUACCAGAGUAUCAGCUGAGGGUAUGAAAAUGUCAUGUACCCAUUUUCAGUGUGCAGCUUGGGCAUUUGAGCAUUUAAAAGGCAGCUACCCACAGCCAGCAGGAGUGGAUUUGGCUCCAGAUAUUAUGCAGUUUAUGUAUUAUCUUUCACUGGCUCAGGCUCAAGAAUGUAUAUUGGAGAAGAGCAUGAUGGAUAACAGGAAACCUACAAUAAUAGCAAAAGUGGCUGUUCAGAUAGUAGAUUAUUACAGCUCAGCCCUCAACACACUUGAACAAGGAGGUGCAGAUGACUGUUCCAUUGCAGAAACCGUAGGAUCAAAAAUAUAUAAGAAUUGGAAACGUUAUGUAAAAUUCAAGAUGGUAUACCACACGUGUAUAUCUUUACUGUACCGUGGUCAGCAGGCAGAAGAACAGCAGAAAAUGGGUGAACGAGUUACUUUUUACCAAGCAGCAGCAGAGAAAUUAGAAGAAGCUGUCAAACUUUCAAAAGGAAUGGAUAAUAUUGAUGCAAUUAAUGAAGCCUUAACAUUCACAAAUGAUGUUGUGGAAGGAAAGAAAAAGGCAGCAAAAAAUGAAAAUGAGUUCAUCUAUCAUGAAGAGGUCCCACCCUUGGACAUUCUUCCAGAGGUUAAAGGUGCAUCUCUUGUGAAAGGCAUUAUGUUUAAUGUUAAUGAUCCAGAAGUAGCAGGAGCUGACAUAUUUGCUCGACUAGUACCCAUGAAGGCACAUGAAGCAUCUUCAUUGUACAGUGAAGAAAAGGCAAAACUGUUACGAAAAGUUGGUACUAAGAUUGAUGAGAAGGACCAAGAAUUGGAUGUAUUCAUGGCCUCACUUCAGCUUGACUACUUGAAACUGCAUUCAGAGCCAGAAUCACUUCCACAGGAACUGGUCGACCGAUGUGCAGCAUUCAGUGCAAAGCCGGAUGCUAUUCAGAAUCUGAUAGAUUCUAUGAACAAAUUAGCUGAUACUUACCAGGAUGUGGAAUCCAUGUUGCAGGAUGUGAAGGAGUUGCUCGAGCUUGAAGAUAAGAAAGAAAAGGACUACCAAGAAUUAAUGGGGAAGAGACCACCAUCAAUUGUUGCAACUGAUCUCACACGGGAAGCAAAUAAAUAUCAUGAAGCCCAUGCCAAAGCAUCAGAAUCAAACCAGACACUUCACAAGGCCAUGACAUUACAUAUUAGCAAUUUGCGAAUUCUCUCUCUUCCAUUACCAGACCUUAAGAAACAAAUACCAACCAUCAGCAAUAUGAACACUCCUGAGGAUGAAGCAGCUAUUAAGGAAUUACAACAUUUGAUUGACAAGGUAGAUGAAAUGAAAAAACAGCGAGCUACUUUAGCUGCACAGCUGAGAGAGUCAGUCUGUCAGGACGACAUUACUCGUCAGCUUGUUACUCGCACUGGUGAGUCACUUGAAACCAUAUUCAGUCAGGAGAUGCAAAAACAUCAAAAAUAUGAAACCAUUAUUGAACAGAAUUUAGCUGCACAAGAAAAUAUUUUGAAAGCACUUACAGAAGCAUAUGCAAAGUGUGCAGGCCCAAGAAAAGCUGCUAUGGAUACAAUGCGAAAACGUGAAGCCACUAUUAAUGCAUUGAUAUCUUCUUAUGAUGCAUAUGAAGACCUACUUGCGAAAUCAAACAAAGGUCUCGAAUUUUAUCGAAAACUGGAGACUAAUGUUACAAAGCUACUGCAGAGAGUUAAAGGAACCUGCAAGGUGCAGGAUGAGGAACGUGAACAGAUACUUGCAAAGAACAAUAAGAAGAUACCAAGACAGGAUGUAGAUAAGCCAAGUAUUGAUUCUGGUGGUCCAAAGUUGAGAGACUAUCUUCAGAGUAUGAAGGGUACAUUGCCCACUGGAAGCUACUCUACCUCUCAGAUUUUUACUCUGCCUUCUAGCACAGCAAUGCCAGCAAGCAGUACAACAGGCAUUGGAGGGCAACUUCCAGCCUCCUAUACAGCAGAAAGUGCAGGGAGCAGCGAGAAUCUUGCAGGUCCAUUACCAUGGGUCCCACCUGUAAGACCAGCUCCUGUGGGCUCAGAAGGUACAACUGAAACUUGUGGCACAAUUACAAAGCAGGACACACUGUACCAACCCACUACAUCUCCUGGUAUUGCCAAACCUGAAAUGAGUCACCAGACACCCGCAUACGUUUCUAGUGCUCCACAAUAUACUUACAGCACUUCAGGAUACCAACCACCUCAUCAGAUGCCAUAUACAGGAGAUCAAUAUGCAGACUAUGUGUAUGGUCAAACACAACAAUACUAUCAGCACCAGACAACAGGUUCUCAUGUUUUUCCUCCCACUUCAUCUACACCUAGAGGACCUGGUUCAUAUUCCAGUGUUGGGUCAAGAGAUACAACUAGCCAUCAUGCUGCUAAAAGCCCAGCUUAUCAGUAUGGCUCAGCGUACCAUAGUACAGAUACAGUGCAAAACCCAUACAGUCAUUUGCAGACACCACCAAUUUCACAAGCUCAGUCAACAAAUGUACCACAACCACAAAUUGGAGACACUUCGGAAAUGUAUGCUGGGUACCCACAACACUAUCAUACACAAGUACAUCAGAAUUAUUCAACAAGUCAACAAGCAUAUUUACCACAGACAGUACCAACAACAGUACAUAGCACUGUGCCUCAACAAAUAUCUACUUCUGGAAUACCUGCAAUGAAUAUAACUAAGGAAGGUGGAGUUUCACAGUCGAGUAUCUCCUCUGCUGGCCAACAUAGCACCACUCCCCAAUACAGAAGUACUCCCCAGCACGACACUGCUGUUCAACAGCAGCAACUUUCAUAUCCAGCACACAGUACCUCAUAUCCCACAUAUGAUUACAGUAAGUCACAACCUUACCAAUAUGGGGCAGCUUAUGCUGCACAGGAUUCUUCUGUUAAUGUUCCAUAUUACCCAGGAAACACUCAACAACAGGCAGCUCAGUGUGGAUGGCAAGAAAACCAGCAAACUGUGAUGGGGUCAUAUGAUACAGAACAGAAAAUACCACCUCAUCCUCAGAGUUAUCCAUCUGUGCAGAAACCACCAGUGACAUAUCCUCAGUAUCAGUGGCAACAGGCACAAUCGCAGACGCAACUACAACAAAAUCAAAAUGUAUCAUCAUAUUCUGCGAAUUCCUCAGAUGUUGGUCCUACUUCAAGUGCAGUCCAGUACCAAGGUGCUGGUGUUGCACCUACAGGAUCCACCUCUUCCUUACAAACCCAACCAUCUAGCGUGCCACAGCAGCAACCAUAUUAUGAUAGCAUGUAUAGUACAGUGUAUGCUGCUUCACCUCCAUAUUCUGUGCAGGCUUCAGUGGCAAGCAGCAGCAACGUUGUUGAUGCAACCCAGUACCAAUACAUGGCAGGAGCUGGAACGUCGUCAUAUACUAAUGCUGGGAAGUACGCUACAUCACAAACGAGCUCAUUCCAAACAGCUGUGGAUGGUCAGACAUAUGCAUCCCAAUACAACACAACUCUACCAAUUUCUAGUCAAGCAUACUCUCAUGUUAAUUACUACACUGCACCAUAUGGUUAUCAGUAUGGUUCGGAAACGAUUCAAUCAGAAUCUCAACCAACAGUGCAAAAUGAUACAUAUCAGCAAGGUACAAGUGCUCAACAAGCUGCAGCUCCUUCUCCAAUGACCUAUAUGCAAGCACGGUUCCCAGGUGAUGCUACAAAUACAACCUUCAGUCUUCAGGGAAGUUCAUCAAGUUCUUCAGUAGAGGGCAAGAGUGAUAGUGGAGUGUCAUCUAAUAUUGAUCUUUUAGCAGGGCUGGACUUCUCGUUGAAUCAAAAGCCACUUGUUCCUCAACAGCCUGCAAAUGUGUCACCAAAAAAAGAGCAACAAGUUCAACAAAAUGGUGUUGCAAAACAGCAGACUGGUUCCUCAGUGCAGCAAACUGAUGGUAGCAACUUCUCACCAAAAAAGGAGAUUGUUGCCCAGCAACCAUCUGUGACGAUGUUGCAGACACAAAUCAGUUCUGUUGUUAAUGAGGCUUCGGGAGCUGGAGAGAAGAAACCCCUAGUACUGCCAACAAUUCAGGUUCCUGAACAGAAUGAAGUUUCUGCAGAAGAUCGUCAGACUUCAAAAACCCUCGAAAAAGAUCCCUUUGCUGACCCAGAGGUACUAAACCAGUUUGUUCUGGAAGUUGAAAAGUAUGAAAAAUUUGUAGAAGGGCUUACAACAAAAACCUUAAAUGGGCCCACACCACUUGACAUGAAAUGGAAAGAACUUCUUGAACUACAGGAAAAGGAUGCUCAUAAAAGAAGCAUUUCAGUUGCUCGGUGCUAUCCAAUGAAAAAUCGUUUCCCAGAUAUUCUACCCUAUGAUCAUUCUCGUGUUGAAUUGCCUUCUACCAAGGAUGAUUACAUAAAUGCUUCAUUCGUAAAGGACUUGACACCAGACACACCAUCAUUUAUUGCUACACAGGCUCCAUUGCCAUCUACGUAUGCAGACUUCUGGAUGAUGGUUUGGGAACAGCAAGUUGAAGUUGUUGUGUGUCUUCUUAGUGACACAGAGUUGGAAGGACAGAUUUAUUGGCCACAGGAGAAGGGAAGUGAACUGACAAUGGGAAAAAUGAAGCUCAGUUUACAAAGUUGCAAUGUUCGCCCAAAUUGGACUGAAAGAAUAAUUUCUGUGUCUCUUGGUGAAACCAGAGCGAGAAGGGUGAUUGUUCACUUGCAGUUUACAGCUUGGCCUGGGAGCUCAUUUCCAGCAUCACCAGGACCUUUCCUCAGUUUUGUAUCAGAGACACUCAGCCUGUACAAACAGCAGCGUAAUACUGCUCAUCCAGUUGUUGUUCACUGCCUCUCAGGAGUUGGCCGGACAGGUCUAUUUUGUCUGGUAUGUGCAGCAGUGUGUGAAGUGCGAGCUGGCCAUGGAUUACUGGAUUUGGUGGCAACCACCGCUAUUAUGAGUACUAACCGCAAAGGUUCUCUGCGCGAUCGUGAGCACCUUAAAUUUGCAUAUCAGUCUGUUCUUUAUUAUGCACAGGAUCUGCUUAUGAAACGGGGAAUCCUGACAAGUUGUUCAACAUUUGAGGACAAGCGCAGCCGAGGGGGAAAGUGCCAUACACGACAUCCUUCGGAAGACUUCCUGCUCGGGCCACCCACUGCUCUUAGCCAGCUACAAUCAGGACUCGAGAAAAUGGGGUUAGAUGCAGCAAAACAACAACAAGAAACUGAAGAGAAUGAGAAUCCAUAUGUUGCUGAAAGAAGAGUUCCUCUUAGCAGUGCUGGCAGUAGCGUUGAUAAUUCUUGUAAUUCUUCUGGUCGCACCUCCCCCUUGGUCUCUCCACCGUCUCCUUCAUCAACACCGUUCUUCUUGAUUGAUCCUGCUCGAUUCAACUUAAAGCCAGAUGCUUCUGGGACAAAGAUGCGCAGGAGGUAUUCACGUGAAAAUUUUAAAGUGAAAUCAAAAGAUGUAACAGAAUUGGACAUUGGAAAAGAUAUGUCAGAUGAUCCACUGAGCAAGAUAGAUCCACUGUGGCCUCUAAAACGACAGUAAAACAAUAGUUCCACGGCUUUAAAAGCUGUUACAAAGCCUGAUAAUGUUUAUAUUUUGUAUUUAUCUAGUCAGUUGUAGUAUGUAGGCAAUAUUUUAGGUACAAAUCAUGGUUUUUGGAACUAACUAUGAUUUAUUUUUAUCUAGGCAGGCUGUAGAAAUUAUUUUAAUGUGAUAGUUUAUAAAUACGCUAUUCUGAUUUUAUUGUUUCACAAAUAUUUGUACUUCCUCAGUGACUUUGCAUGGAAAGAGAGAACAGUCACUUACGGCAUGGACUAUUUUUCCCCCCCAAAAAAAGGUAAAAAAGGAAAGAAAGCUGUCUCUUUCUUUAAAUUGUAGAGUUAUUCCUUAUCCUAACAACGUAUCCUGGUAUCUUUGCAAAAAUAUUGUUAGCAUCAUCCUGAUCUGUCAGGAGAAUGAUACAAGCUGGGGCCACAGGUUUAAUACUUUAUGUUGUUUAAGGCUGGAGUUUGUAAAAAGCUGUAAAAGUAUUUUUUCGCUGUCACAAAUGAAAUUAAAACAUCUAAUGUUGUUACUA